GUAACAUGUUUGGUAGGCGUUACAAUAUUGAUCAUAUUGUAGCUUCUGUGCGGCGCGGAUCGGCGUUCUAGUUUCUAAUAUGAAUAACAUUGCUAACAAUUUGUGCCAACCCUAAUCCUGAUGGUUUUGGCUCCAAACUGUUCUGAUUAGAUGCAUCUGUGUUGAUCUCCACACAAUCCAUCUGUUCCGAAUAAACACAGUCUUUCAAUUUCAACUCACAAGUGCAUCGGUAACAUACACACAAUUCCUAUUACCGAUAAACAUCUUCCCAACUGCAUUGGAGAAGAAAGACCGUGUAAACUAACAAUCCUAUUACCAGUAAACUUUGAUUCGUUUCAUGCACCGCCGUUUUCCUCCUCACAUGUAAUCUCGCCACCUUCCUCCGAUGGCAUCACCUCCUUCUUCCGGCAGCGUCAUAGGCAUCUAUUCUAACGUCUUCUCUCCUUCAAUUUUACCUCCAUUCGGUUUUCUCUCAAAACCCUAACUCGAUUCAUCGUGGUUUGUCUCACCGGUUUCGCAUCUUCGUCCUCCGUCAUUGUCAAAGUGUAGAGAAGCAUUUGCCAUCAUGACUUUUUGGAGUACCUAAGCUGUAGCGGGUUUUCCUUAUGUUUUGCUUCUGUAACUUCACUGGCUUUGAACUUGGUGGCAGAUCAAUAACUCAAAGUUGUAGUGGCGACCCAUUUCGGUGAUGAUUUGAUUUUGACCGUUAAGUUUAUGAAUUUUCAAAUUAGGGGUUGGGACACUAAUUAUGUAAAGAAUUGAUUUUUCUUCUUCUUAGUUUCAUUCAUUUUAGAUGCUUUUUAGUUGUAAAGAAUUGGACACUGAUUAUGUAGUGAUUCUUUUUAGAUUCUUAGUAGCUGAUAUGUAUUUGGGAGAUGGGGACAUCGUGGCAGUGCUACAACAGCUGGUAGGUGAGUGUUGUAGAGAGCCAAGUAGUGAAGUUCUUUCCUUUGGAAUCUCUCAAUAAUUGAUUUUAUUUCUGUACGUUUUUUUUGUGAUGAUAACUAUCAUAUUAUGUUUGUAUUUGAGGUUAAACUUCUAUUUGAAUUCUCUGACUAGAAAGGUUUUAAUACUUUUAGAUUUGCUAUUUUGUUUAAUUACAUGCAGUAGUGUUGGUUGCAACUUGCAACUCCAACAAAAAUUAAAUAAAAAGUAUAUACGUCUACUUUAUAUAUAUACAACUUUAUUCCCGUUUUUGGAAACGGCAUCUGUUAUGAUUUUGUAAAAUCUUGAAGAUAAUCUUAGGGAGCUAAUGAUCUUGAAAUAACUCUUAUUCAUUGUACAUAUGCUAUUCCAAAGCUAUUAAGGUUUGCAAUGCCAACAAAAAUUAUAUGAAGCUUUUAUAUGAGUAUGCAGAUGCAUGUUUAUUUAGUUUUUAGCAUUCAAAGCUAAAACAUAAGGUUGAGAAGGUUUUUUUUAAAACAGAAUGCUCACGGGUUCAUUUUAAAUUUUAUAUGAUUCUACAUUUUAUCUCUACUAUCAAAACAGGUUUCUCAAGCAUACAACAAUAUGUGCUUAAUAUGUCCUGUUAUUGCAUAUGUUCUAUCAUUAAAAUUUAAAAAUAUGAGAGAUUCAGUGAAAGCCUGUAACUAAAAUACAGGGGUAGUGGAUGUAAUUUUCUAGACAUUUAUCAUAACUAUGUGAAGUGUGAACAUAUUUGAAGGUAGUUGUUAAAUCUUUGUUAUAAAUGGUCCUAUUGUUCUUGAAUCAAAUAUUGAUGCGGGUAAACUCUUCUUACUUAGUCUCAUUUUAUAUUUAAUCUACUAACGAUUAUAAAAAAUUACUCUGGCAAACAUGGACUAAUGAUUUAGAUUGCAUUAAGCUAUGUAGGCUUAUUUGAUGCUUUUGACAUAUUUUAAUUUCUUACUCUUACUCUUCCUCUUCUAUUUUUUAUUUUGUAGAAUAGAAAACAAUAAGUUAAUUUGAGUUAUUUCUGGUCUUUUGAAUGGAUACCAAUACUGAUGAGUUCUCUUUAUUCAAAUCAACGUAUUUGAUGCAUUUGACAGAUUAUAAUUUCUCACCUUAUUCUUCCUUUUCUAUUUUUUAUUUUGUAGAAUGUAAAUCAAUGAUUUGUUGAUUUGAGUUUUUCUGGUCUUUGGAAUGGAUGCUAAUACUGAUGAAUUUUAUCGUUGGCAUUGGUUCAGAAAAUUCUCGCUGGAGGGAGAAGUCUGUUUCAUGCUGACUACAUUGCUCCACCCAUUCAGGCUCUUUCAAAAUGGCUUAUGUUGCUUGGAUUUUGUAUUGUUUUGUUUCUUAUCCAAUUUGUGGACCGCAUGCUUCUUUGAUUGGGGUGUCAAAUUUAAGAAGGUUAAGCCAAGGAUUAACAUGGAUCCAUUCAAGGUUGAUGAUGUUGAAGGAUCUGUAUGCAUUUAUCCAAUGGUUUUGGUUCAAAUUCCAAUGUGCAAUGAGAAAGAGGUGUAUGCACAGGCAAUUUAUGCAGUCUGUCAAAUUGAUUAUCCAUGUGAUCUUUUACUAAUUCAAGUACUUGAGGGUUCUGAAGAUGAGAUCAUAGAAUGGUUAAUUAAGGUCGAGGUCUCUAAGUGGAAUUUAAAGGCAGUCAACAUAAUCUAUCGGCAUCGCUUGGCCAGGACCGGAUAUAAAGCUGGAAAACUGAAUUGUGCAAUGAGCUGUGACUAUGUAAAAAACUAUGUAUUUUUUGCAAUAUUUGAUACACACUUUAAGUUAUCAUAUAAGGUUUAAACCAUAAUCUGAUCACUUAUUAUAAGUUCAAAUAUUGCGCUUACUUGGUUCUAAGGAUGUUUGAGAUCUUAUAGCGUAAUCGUUGUGUUGGGAAGUUUAACUUACCGUUGAAAUGCAAAGAUAAUUUGCAUUCUGAGUUAAUAUUUGUUACUUGCUUUUCUCAAAUUAUUGAAAUGGUGUUUCUUGGAUUGUAUAA